CGUAAGUAAACACUUCCUUCGGGGUCAGAGGUCACAGAAUGGCGAGUGCCAACAUGGCGAGUGUGCGUAUUUCUCCCAUCGGGUUCGUCGUCAUCAUUCUCCUUGCCGGGGCUGUGAUCCUCUACGUCCAGCGAUCAUGGCACGCUCACAGCAAAGAAGACCAGAACCUCAAGAUCAACGGGCCGGGGGAGAGGGUCAGCCUCCGGCAGCUGCUGUCGGCGGGCAUCGAGGCGGCGGAGCGGGGCGGGUUGGAAGUCAAGAAAGUGCGAGAGGAACACAACUUGAAUGAGAAAAGUAAAGGGGAGACUCGUGAGGGGGCAAACAACCCGGUGACUGAUGGGGAUAUGAGGUCACAUAAAGCCAUCGUACACAGCCUCAAGAAGACAUUCCCACUCCUAAAGGUUGUUUCUGAGGAAAAAGAAGUGGGAGGCUGGGACGACAGCAAAAUAACGCCCCUCGACACCAAACGCUCUGACGUGGUAUCCGUGAUACCAGAAGAUGAGAUGCUGCCAUAUGAUGACAUCACAGUUUGGAUUGAUCCAUUAGAUGCCACGCAAGAAUACACAGAAAACCUUCUGGAAUAUGUGACCACAAUGGUGUGUGUGGCGGUGCGUGGAGUGCCCACGAUCGGCAUCAUUCAUAAACCAUUCAAGAAGGAUGAGAAAACAGUUUGGGCCUACGUUGGAAAGACCCUAUCCCCAAACCUAAAGCUGCCAGUCAAGAAAACUUUAGAAGAACUUGGGACAAGUCCCAAGAUCAUCGUAUCACGCUCGCACAAGGGAGAAGUAGAAUCUGUUGCCAAGAAAUCAUUUGGGGAGAAAACUACAGUUAUCCCAGCUGGUGGUGCAGGUUACAAAGUGUGGGCACUCUUUGAAGGAACGGCCGACGCCUACAUCCACACGACGCUGAUAAAGAAAUGGGACAUUUGCGCAGGCAACGCGCUCUUGAACACAGCCAAGGGUCGCAUGACCACCCUGAAAGGGGACAAGAUUGACUACAACUGGAGUCCCGAGUCACCGGACCCCAAAAACGAGGGCGGACUUUUAGCAACGCUCUGGGAGCACGAGAUGUUUUUAAAGAAGCUGGAGGCAGUGGUGGAUGCCAAACAACGAUAGCUAGAAGUAUAGAGCAGAUGAAUUUUUUUUUGGUUAUUAGUUAUUCCAGAAGUCUGUACUUUUAACACAGUAUGCAAGCCUGGCAUCUCCAUUGUGCAUUGUUUAUAGAGGGCGCUAUUUGUAAUGGGCAUGGUAAAAAUUAAAGGGCAUGAUGUACACGUACAUGAAUAUGUGUCACUUCAUAAA